CACAAAGAUCGGGUUCGAAGUUCAGUACUGCUGAAAAAUGGCUGACGAUGUGGAUGUAGACAGUGGCAUUGAGGAAGAACUUGAAGUAUUGAAGUCCAUAUAUAUUGAUGAACUGAAUUUGAAAACAUCUGAAAGCGGUUGGCCAGAACUCAUAAGUCUCCAGCUGCACCCCUCUACUGGAGAUGAGGUGGAGAAGAAGUAUGUGUGUAUUACACUAGAGCUACAGCCCACACAGAUGUAUCCACAUGAUAUUCCCAGUAUUGACAUCAAAUAUCCUCGUGGCAUUGGGGAGGAAGAGGUCAAUAGAUUACAGACUUCCUUGAUGACUUUAGCAACAGAGCUACAGGGAGGCCCCAUGUUAUAUGACUUGAUUGAGUUGGCCAAGGAGAGUUUGACAGAAGGAAAUGUCCCUCAUUGUCCCUGUACUAUCUGCUACGAACACUUUCACAAAGGCGAGGAAUUCACUAAAACCACCUGCUACCAUUACUUUCACUGCCAGUGUCUGUCACGCUACAUCAAGCAUGUGCUGGAGAAUAUUGAACAGGAAAACCAGUCAUGCCCUACUCACCUGAAAAGAGAUGACAAACAGACAAAGGCUCCUUGUCCUGUUUGUCGUGAGGAGAUUGAUUGCAACCUUGACAUUGUAACAAGGGAGAUAACUACUGAGGACCAGAUGCAGGCUUUUGUCCCUACAGCUGAAAUGAAGAAAUGGCAGAAAGAGAUGUCUGGACUCCUGAACAGACAGAGGGAGAAGGGAGGGGUGAUUGAUAUGGAGGAGGAGAAAAACAAGUUCCUCAUCACACAGGAUGAUGUGGUAGAAAUUGGUUCCAUUACCAACAAGAGUCAAGGGAGAGAAUUCCCCAUCACAAAGGACACAGACACAUCUGACAAGAAUAAAGUCUCAAUGAAAUCAAAGCAGUCUAUGAAGGAGACCGUGUUCAAAGCCAACAGACUUGCUGUCAAAAUUCAGAAGCUUGAGAAGGAAAAUGAGAAGAGACAAAGUGGAUUUUCAGAGGAAUUUGAGGCCUUGAGUAAAAUGGAAACAUCAAAUGGCAGUAAAAAGGAAGGCCAGCGCCCUGAAAACCGUAACAAGAACAGGAUCAAACAUCUAGUGCCAUAUGACAACACCCGUGUGGUUCUGAGGGAUGGAGAUCCGGAGAUGAAGGGGUCAGACUAUAUUUGUGCCAGCUACAUAGAGGUUGGCAGUCAUAGUACACAUGUGGAGGGAGGUUUGGUUAUUGCAACACAGGGGUGUGUCCCAGAAACAGUGGGGGACUUCUGGAGAAUGAUUUGGCAGGAAAAUUCAAAAGUCAUUGUCAUGGCCUCCAAGGAACGAGAAGAUAACAGGGUCAAAGUAGCUCGUUACUGGUGUGAGCCAGAAAAUGAGAAAAUCCUACAGGGAGAGAACUACAAGUUUCUGGUCAAGGGUAAAGCUGCUUCUACUCACAAAGACUACAUCCUCCGUCAGAUGGAGGUCUCAAAGUACUCUACCAAUGAUCAGGCUAUUCCUGGUGUUUCACAGGUAGAGGGAACCAGAUUAGUGUACCAGUAUAACUACACAGCCUGGCCAGACUUUGGUGUGCCCAGAAACCUCAGUAGUAUUAUUGACUUUUUGGAAACAGUAAACCUAAAACAGGAAAGUCUAUCAGAAACUGGUCCUAUGGUUAUACAUUGCAGUGCUGGAAUUGGACGAACAGGGACUCUAGUGGUCAUAGAAACGCUUAUUUUUCAAAUAAAAGAAGAAGGAUUAGACUGUAACCUUGACAUUCAGAAGACUCUUCUCAAGGUCAGGUCACAGCGACCUGGGAUGGUGCAGACAGAGGCCCAGUAUAGAUUCAUCUAUAAAGCUGUAUUAUGUUAUUUGCAGUCUCAGCCAGGCUAUGCACCUGACCAGACAAAUGAAAAAGGCUCUGAAGCAAGCACGAACAAAGUGUACAGGGAGGAACCAGAUGAGAGGUUUGUCAGGAGGAACUUGAGAGGUCGAGGCAGGGGCAAGCAUUUUGGUUGGAGAAAUGAGAGCAACAAAAGUUACAGUCAGCGGGAAGGGGAAACUUAUUCUCACCGGAUGAAGAAAGGUGAUGUCAGGAGUCAUGGUGAAAUUAAACAGCCCAGAGAUAAGAAAAAUUCAGAGCAUCAGAUGGAGAAAUAUGGUGGUGAGAAGGUGACUGAGAGAAAUCAGGGGAGAAGAGAACCACAAAGCUCUAAAAGAUUGGAAGCAGACAGAUCAGAAAAUAAUCAAACAGACAACUCAGAGGGAAACAACCAUGCCUCUAAAAGAUUGGAAGCAGACAGAUCAGAAAAUAGUCACACAGACAACUCAGAGGGAAACAACCAUGGAUCUGCUUCCAAGAGUCCAGCUGAGAGACCAAAGCAAGGGUUUGGGAGGCCCAAAUCUGCAAAAACUAAUAAAAGUUUCCAAGAGACAGAGAAACAACAAUCAUCAAAGGAAGUGAGGGUACCAUACCAAGAAGAGCUCCCUGAAACUGAGAGCAAAGAGUCAGGUAAACAUGGGGAGAACAGGAAAGGGUUUGAGAGACCCAAAAGUCACAGAGAGACUAAGAAAGAAGAAUCAUCAAGGAAAGGACAAAGUAGACCAAAUCAGGACAGUUACUCUGAGAGUGAAGACAAAGAGUCAGCUACACGUAGGGAGAACAGGAAAGAUUUUGGUAAACCAACCAUAAAGGACACUAGUGACACUGUGAAAAACAAUGCUGAGAAGUCUGUGAGAAAAGAAAAUAGCAGGAGAGGAUUUGGACAGCCACCAAAAGGUAUGGAGAGAAACAGUAAGAGUGAAAGACCACUGUCUGGUGGCAGAUGGGGAGAGGAACGCUCGGAGGACAGGGAAAGAAGGGGGCGGUGGUCAGCAAAAAGACAGACUCCUAAAGGUGACACAAGGGACAACAGAAACAUCACCAAUCAGGAGAGGAGAUAUGACAGAAAACCUACACCAAAGGUCAAAGAUAGUAGGCCACGAUUGUCCCCAGAAAGAUUAUGUGUGAAAGAUAGUGAAAUAGCAAAGUCAGAGAAUGGUAGAGGAAAGUGUGACAAAGAUACUGGGCCAAGAGUGAGCUCCAGUGGGACUGCUAGUGAUCAGGAGAGGAGGCCGAGGACCCCUCCAGGUUUUCACCUCAGUGGACCCCCUCCAGGACUUGGGGCACAUAUUCGACCUCCUCCAGGAUUUUCAGAAUGUAGCUGAUACUAGUCUUACAUAGCUUUUAAAAUAUUGUAGAACUGUGAUAUUAUUUAUCAAUAUACAUGUAUUUAGUAUUUACUCAGAAAUACAUCCUUUAAAUUAAAUUCAUUGAUGUGGUCAGGAAAAACAGGCCUCAGAACCUUGCACACGGAUGUAGUGGAUUUUUAAAUUUAUACAUUUGAAAGUAUUUUGUUCUUUCUCUUCUGUUGGUUUUUUUUUUUAAACUUUGUUUGUGAUCAUGGUUUUCAUUCUUUUCCUUUGUUUGUAACGAAUGCUACUUGUGUAAUAUUUGGAGAUAUUCUCACUUGGGGACAGAAAUGACAAAAUUACUGAAAUGAUUAAAUUUGAAAACUACACAGUAAUCAUAGCAAAAAAGAAUAAAAAUGCGAAUACUAA